AUGAGAUUGAUCUCUAAAUCAUUUAUUUUCUCAUUAUCAAUACUUGUGAUGCUAUCAAGAACAACUUACUCACAAAUAAAGUCUCCUAAUAUUCAAUCAGCAACAUAUUUGUCAGAAAAGUUUGAAGUGGGGCCCGGAGAAGUUGUGUCAAAAACAAUGUUUGAUAUUGAGUUUCCAAUCGGUCAUAUAGGAGUCAAGAGCUUCGACGUUGAUAUAGUUGAUGAAUGGUGUUACAAUGAACAAGGGAAUUCUGUACCAUUGCAUGAAACUUACUUUCAUCAUUAUUUUGCUAUAAAAUAUAUUAUAAAUAAAACUCACGAUUUUAAUGAUCUUACCAAACCUUUUGGGGCCAUCUUCAGAAGAAACGACGGAACAUGCAACGAUGCUAUUCUUCCACAUUAUUGGGGUUUUGGAAGUGAAUCACGGGGAACAAGUACAAAAAUUCCUGAUCCAUUUGCAAUUGAACUAGGAAACCCUGCAAAUAUUCCAGAAGGGUGGGAAGAGAAAUGGCUAUUUAGCAUCAUGGUCAUUGAUACACGUGGCACAGAAAAUAGGAAAAGUUGCACUGAAUGUAGGUGUGACCAAUUUAAUCUCCCACAAAAUUUCUAUAAUGUGUCAACCGAAAUUCAUGGAAAACCAUUGACCCCCGAAUAUAAAGGAGGAAUCUUUUGUUGCAAAGAUAACUUUCAAUGCAAAUUAAUAAAGGGAUUUGAAGCACCAAGGAGAAAGCUUGCCUUAAGAUACAAAGUAACAUGGGUUGACUGGGACCAACACCAAAUUCCACUUAGAUUUUAUAUACUUGACUCCACUGAUCGAAUUAGAACAAAUGGUUCCGAAACAAUCCAUGAUUGUCUGGCAGAGUAUACUAUUCCAGAAAAUAAUAGUGGUGACCGUUUUCACGUUCAAAAAUCAAGCAUCCCCAUGAAAAAAGGUGGUUAUCUUAUCUAUGGCACUGCUCAUAUGCAUACAGGUGUUGUUAAUGCAACACUAUACGGACAGGAUGGAAGGACAUUGUGUACAUCAACACCAAGAUAUGGAACAGGAAAGGAAGCGGGGAAUGAGGAAGGCUAUCUUGUUGAAAUGUCCGUAUGUUAUCCAACACCAGGUUCAAUCAAGAUUAAUGAUGGUGAAACUUUGACGGUGGAAUCAAGAUAUAAAAAUGAAUUUAUCACUGGAGCUAUGGGACAUAUCUAUAUCUAUUUGGCUGAUCAACUGCCAUAUGAAACAUAG